UAUAUAGAAUUGUUUAAAACGUUUCAAUCUUAUCACUCCUUCAUUCACUUAUGAUGAAAUGGUAUAGAUAAUUGUUAUAAAUAGUGUAUCUCAAGUGUGAAGUAUCUAGUAUAGGCUUUGUUUGGUACCCAUCGCAGAGCUCGAGAUGAAGACACUUGUGGUCUUAGCAGCGGUUAUUGCCGUUGCCUUUGCUAAAUCAGUUGCUCUAUUGAGUGAAUCAGAGGUAACUAGCGAACUAGUGAACAAUACGAAAUAUCUCGUGUGGAAAACCGAUGAAGGACUUUUUGAAGUUGAGGACCUAGAAGAUGUUGAGUCGGCUGUAAUUACUCUAACCGCCACCGAAGACGAUAUUUCCUUUUACAUCUAUACCCCAGAAAAUCGCCUGAAUGGUGUGCAAAUUACCGAAAGUCAAUUAAAAGAUAUUGAAACACUAACUGGUUUUGACGUGAACAGACCAACAUUGGUUGUAAUUCAUGGUUGGAGAAAUUACUAUGAAUCUCCAGUGAAUGACAAGAUUAAGAAUGCUGCCCUGGUCAGCAACAAUGUCAACGUCAUCGUAGCUGAUUGGAGCCCUAUUGCAAGCAGAAACUACAUAAGUGCACAAGGUUCUGUCUUGGCUGUGGGAAACUACAUUGGGGACUUUUUGCUGAAACUAGAUGAUGAGCUCAACCACAAAAUCAAACAUAUUACUGUGGUGGGACACUCUCUUGGAGCGCAUAUUGCAGGUAACGUGGGAGCUAGAACUCAUGGUUUAAUUGAGAACAUUAUUGGUUUGGAUCCUGCCGGGCCUCUGUUCAGUAGCAGCAAUAUUAACAAUCGCUUGGACCCCACUGAUGGUCAAUAUGUCCAUGUUAUUCACACCAAUGAUAGAGUUCUCGGCUUCGGAAUUAAGAUGGGAGAUGCUGAUUAUUAUCCAAAUGGAGGCAGCUCUCAACCUGGAUGUGGUAUUGACCUGGCUGGCAGCUGCGCUCACAGCAGAGCUUACGUAUAUUUUGCUGAAAGUUUGAACAGCAAUAAAUUUAUUGCCAAGCAAUGCGACACUUACUCAAACUUUGACCGAAAUCGCUGCGAAAACAACGUCUCCAGUCGCCAAGGAGGAUAUCCUGUUGAACGUGCAUCCAGCGAUGGAAAGUACUUCCUCAAAACCAACAGAGCUUCCCCCUUCGCGUUAGGAUGAAAACCGAAAAUAUGUGACUAAUUCUAGAUUUUUGUUAAUAGAGAGUUCGUUGUUUGAAAA